AUGUUAUUCCUUCGUACAUCCCAACCUUUCAAUUAUGCACUCUGUUCUGUCGUUAAUCAUCAGCAGCAGCAGCGCUCGCAGGCCAUCAGGUACGUUUCGCACUCACUAAAAGAUAGCAAGUCGCACAUUAGCUUUUACUCCAUCUUAUUUCUUUGCCCUAUUUUUCUACAUAAUUUUCUUCAUCUCUUCUGUUUUUCUUUCUUUCUUUCUUUCUUUCUUUCUUUCUUUCUUUCAAUACCUUUCUUUCUUUAUUUCUUCCCUUUCCCAUUCUUCCCUAUCUGUCUUAUUUACGUUUAUUUCACCUUUUUUUUUAUUCCUAAGUCUUUUUCUUUCUUUCUUUCUUUCUUUCUUUCUUUCUUUCUUUUUUUCUUUCUCUUUAAUUAUAUUUUUUCUUUAUCUUUUUCAUCUCUCUCCCCCUUUCUAUCAUUUAACUUUCCGUCCUUUCUUUCGAAAUUAAUUUCCCACGGAUCUUAUUUAUCUUUUCUUUCAAUUUCACUUUUGCCUUCACGUUUUCCUUUCUCUUUCGCUCAGCAAUUCUUUCGUUCCUACUCUUAUCUUAUCUCAACAUCUUUCAUUCAUUACUUAUUUUAUUUACCUGAUUAUUUCCUCCUCUCUCUUAUUUCUUUUUCGGCCUCUUUCCUUUUACCCAUUCCUAUUCGUAUUUAUCUCUUUAUUCCCUUAUUCUAUACUUUACUAUUUACACUUAUUUUAUCUUCAUUCUCUACUGCUAAUAUCUAUAUAAACUUCUCUUCUCUUUUUUUUUUCUCUAAAUUCCUUCGCCUUUCAUCUUUCUCUUCUUUUCCUUUCUCUGCUUAA